UCUUGACCAUCAAAAACACUUCGAUUGGAUCUCUGAAACGGGAAUGGGAGUAUCAGAUACAUUGAAUUACGUUCUGUUUUCUAAUCCCGUCAGCUCGAGUGCCGGUUCGUUUACGAAAACUGCUGCAUCAGCUGUUAUCAAUUAUUCAGGCGUCAAGCCCCGUGUUGAGUACAAACUGGUUCCACCUGAGCCUUUGUGGAAAUCGGCAGCAGCCUCAGGACCUUAUUUGAAAUUGGCAGGACUCAGUGGAGCAACUGCAGUCAUCCUCGAGGCAUAUGGAGCUCGGAUUUUUUUCGGUAUUCGUGAAUACCUGUUCGAUUUUCAUGCUCCCCUUUUAUGGUGCCCUCUCUCCCUUGGGGUGAGGUACUACAAUAUCGCUGGGGUCACUCCAAUCCCCAGAACUGAGCCUCUACUUUAGUCAAUCCU